CACCAUCUCUACAGAGCAAAUCUCGCACGCACAGGCAUAACUCAUAAGAGGAAUUAAUUAAGAGAGGUGUUCGUCCAGGUCGAUCGCCGAUGGAGUACAAGAGGGACGAGCACGGCUACUUAGUCCCGCAGACCGACUCAUACGGCAACCCCAUCCGCACCGAUGAGUACGGAAACCCCCUCCCCGUCAACCAAGGCUACGGCAUCGGCGCCGGAAAGGAGAAGCACCACCGCGGCGCCGGACUCACCGGCAUACUCCACCGCACCGGUAGCUCCAGCUCCAGCUCCAGCUCAUCUGAGGAUGAUGGGAUGGGAGGACGGCGGAAGAAGAAGAAGGGGCUGAAGGAGAAGAUCAAAGAGAAGUUACCGGGUGCUCACAAGAGCGGAGAGGAGAAGGAGAAGCAGGAGGAGGGAGAGCACGAGCACGAGAAGAAGGGAUUCAUGGAGAAGAUUAAGGAGAAGUUGCCUGGCCACCACAAAGACUAGGAUCUUGAAGCCAAGAUAAUGAUCUACUAGAUAUGUUCAUGUUAUUGUCAAUAAACAAGACUGUUUCUGCGUUUGGUUUUGCAUGUAUUAGCUAUUAACUUUACUGUUUAUGAGCUCAAAUAAGGAAACGCUUAGUUUUAAUUAA